GGGUUACCAUACCAACGUUGAAUUACGCGCGUUGCUAUAUUGUGUUGCUAUGACAACGCUCUAUCCCGCUGACUUAUUUGCAUACUGCUGGUGUGCGGACAAGGCUCUUGGACGCUCGUGUACACCUGGGUAAUGCAGUUUAUCAACAAAGCGACGGCCAUACUGUGUCCCCGACAUAUAUUAAUGCCCGACUCCGUCGCCUCAGCUCCCUCCCUGGUCGUGCAUGACGCCUCAUCCCAUCCUUGCUAGUUCUCAGGCAGCUGGAGGCCGAGCAAUCACACCUUGCUGGUGAGUUCCAACAACUGUCGACGCAUUAAUUGGGUCACAUUGAUGAAUUCGAACUGACAAGCUCCGAUCAGCAUGUCGCCUGGCCUCUCAGUUGGACUACAACAACUACACAUCGUCAGGAACAUACAUUAUGUGAGCAGACGCCAAUAAUCGACAUGGGUUGUAGCCAAUCACCUACCGCUUUGCCUCACAGAAUCGAGGCCAUGUUUUACAAUCAAUCGAUAUGCGUACCGCCAUCGGGUCGCACUGACGGCCGGCUGCGACCUUCUAUAGGGAUCGAGCUGCCAGGCUACCAAUAGGCCUUGCCUCAUUCCUCGCCUAUAUGACUGGCCACCAGAUUGCAGUGUAAGCCUCGUGCGUUCAGUUCCGUCAUCUGACAUAUCCUCCAUUCCUCGUGGUCAGAGACGGACAGAGCCGGACCUCCAACCCUAUACCCAACAACGCGUCACCACCAGUUGCCCUGUCGUUUGCCGCCCAAAACUUUGACGUCUGCGUUGCUAGCUUGGCUGGUUUACGUCUGCAACUGGUUGUGCAGACGAUAUUCAUGAGCAAACAGUCUUCCGUCGUCACUACCGCUACUCGUGGCUACACUGGGAAAACCAAAAUAACUGCUGUCUACCUCGCCUGUGUCUCUCUGCAGGAUUCUGGUUUAAGGAAAAGGCUAUAACCAUUGGUGAUUGCUCGAGUCGACGAGGGGGGUCCACUGUGCAAUGGUGUCUUUUCUCGGAUGGAUGUCAACAGUUUGUGCCAUGAGCCGGGAAUCGACGUGAGGAAUCCUCUGCCAACAGCACCGCGGGUUUUUGGAGUCACGUUAUGUGUUAUAAAUAUCCAUCGGCGACUCAGACUAUGCCAACCCUUCAAGACUGUGUGGCUGACGUACAAUUGUAUGUAGUGAUAACUAGCAUAUUUUGAGGUCGAGACGAGGCAAUGCCUGCCUCUACAACCUGCGACGAUGUCGGUAACAGUAAAUCUGAGAAGCAUCUUUUAUAUCGUCUGAGCAGCGACGAGAGCGCACGCAGCGGGGAAAGCACACGCAGCGGACAGUCGCAGACGACACGCGACACAUCGUGCAGCCGCGUGCACAAGAAAGACCCGUGCAGCAUGCAGGAAAAGGUUCCUCCCAGACUGGACUUCGCCGACUACUACCCCGAUGGCGGGUGGGGUUGGGUAGUGGUGGUGGCAGCCACGCUUGUUCACGUGUUGUGUAACGGCUUCCAUUUCGCAUACGGCACAUUGUACCUACAGAUCAUGAACAAGUUUAACAUCAACGACAUCGAUACAGCCUGGCUUGGAAGUCUUGGUAUCGGGAUCUCCUUGUUCAUCUCGCCUGUGGUGACCAUCAUUUGUAGAAGGAAGAGUCCGCGUCUGUAUGCCGUCAUUGGAGGACUCAUCUGCGCCCUAGGUUGUCUCUUUCUGGCCUUCUCCACCCAACCAGAACAACUCUUCAUCAGUCAUUGCGUUGUCAUGUCGCUAGGCAGUGGAAUCACAAUAGCAACGGCCAAUAUCAUGGUGGGGAGAUACUUUCGGAAGAGGCGCGAGGUGGCCGAAAUGAUUCUGGUUGGAGGAACUGGCGUAGGAACUGCUCUGAUGUCGGUACUCUUCAGGGAACUCAUGAGCAUCGUGAAGUGGAUGCAUGGUCUGCAGUGUGUCGCGGGGCUGCUGAUUCUUACCAUCAUUGCCGGUGCCAUGUACCGCUCUGCCUCGUUAUACCAUCCGCGGAGGAAGGUUAUCCUCCACCUGAAGAGUCAGAAGAAGAAUCGUAGGGACAGGGAGGCGGAGAAGCCGCCAUACUUAGACUUCAGCGCCCUGAAGAUGAGGUCCUUGCAGGCUCUCAUGGUCAUCUCCUCCAUCGUGGGGGUCGGAAUACAUGUGCCAUUUAUUGUUCUGCUUCACACAGCGUCCAAACACGGCGUCCCCGACAAACAGCUGCUGCUCCUGAACGUAUACCUCGGCAUCGGCUACGCUGUGGGUUGUUGUGCUCUAGGCUAUAUUCUCAUCCGGAACAGUAUAGAGUGUUCCAUCUCUCGGCGUCACCUGUGUCAAACCGCCGCCAUCUUUUGUGGUGUCUUCUCGCUGCUUCUUAUCAUGGCGGAAGACCAUAACGCGCAUGCGCUUUUCGCAUGGGCAUACGGCAUAUGUUGUGGAGCCUAUUAUUAUAGUUUUAAGAUGUACGCAUAUGAACUUGUUAAAGCCAAACUGAUGGAACGAGCUUGGAGUUUUCUAUCAGCAGUCCAGUGUUUUCCUUUUCUUUUUGGAGCGCCAGUAGCAACUUAUCUAACAAGUAACUUCCGGUCGGAUGCUGCGGGGUACAUUUUUUCAGGAGUCAACAUGAUUCUUGGAGGCGUUCUGUUUUACGCCAUGCCUGUGUUCGAGCGUCAUCCCUCCAACCAGGUGAUAAUUCAGAAACAAAACAGCACGUGCUGUGCCAAUGUGGCUGAGGCCGCGGCUCUCCUUGACCUUGAGGUAUCAGAGGGGGUCAUCUCCAAGCCUCUAAACAACGCUCAGUGCACGGUGACACAUUCCAAAAUGAAACAAAACGGAAAGGAGGGAGGUAAAAUUCAAAUGCAGUGUUAUCUUCAGCACAAAGAACGUGAAAAGCCGAAACAAAUUGUGUUGUCCAAAAUUGCCGAGGAAAGUAACUCCAGAGGGGGCGACAUGGUGCCCAACAGCAGCAAAGUGCCAGAGUAUGUUUCAAAUAAGAAUGAAUUCUCUGAAUCCACUACCGAUGGUCCAUCAGACAGUACGUUUUCUAACAACACGGACAGAUCGAGCAGCAAAGACAGUAAUUCUGUGAAAACGAACGAUAGCAAGAAGAGCAAGAAGAACGAUGUCAGGGUGGACCUGUUUGAUCCACCAAGUCAGGAAAAGGAAUCAACUGCGACUGUUUCGUAUGAUAGUGACCUGUACAUAAAUCUUUGUGAAGCACAAGUGUGACGUCAUUGUGACAUCAUUUGGUGACGUCAUUGUGACAUCAUUCCAUGACGUCACUGAAGCAUCUGCACCGUGUUUGUUUCAUCACCAUCAUUCAUCAUUAGUCCUCGUGUUAGUGAGGGCUCUGCGGGUGUUUCUAUUACGAGGGCACAUCAGAGUACAUGUUCAUUUGAACAAGUUGUUGAAGUAAGGUGUUGUGUUUCUAUCAUUCAAUAUUGUACCGCCUUUAGAAACUGUAUGAUUCUGUCAUCUGUUUGUGAGAUAUUUUCUGGCAUCCUGUGUUUGAAUGUGUGAUAUUCUAUUUCAGUUCAGCACCGUCAGACGCGGUGGCCCACCUUGACCUUGACCUUGGCCGUUUCGUAAGCAGGGUUUAUAUCCUUUCUGAGACAGCAUUGUCUCAUGUCAAGGUCAUCCAGGUCCUGACCAGCACCAGGUUGGGCAGUCUUCUGUAUGUCAUCAACUGUGACAAUUAACCACCUAUCACACAACGUUUGUUGCAUUGUUAAACCGAAGGAGGAAUACGAUAGUUAAAUGUUAUGAUACAACUAAACCGAUGAAGCCAUUGGAGCCCUGCGUCAAAGAUGAUAAAAAAGUAUUGAUAAUUUGAAUAAAAACUACGGAGCGAGCAAAGUGUGACUAUUUAAGACAGUCAUAACGAUAUGACCUUUUUGGAAACAGUAUAAGGAAAAAGUCGAAGUUGUUAGACCAGCUGCCCAAGUGUCGAAUCCGACCCCCCUCCCAAAUAACAACCCCCAACAACACAUUUACAAGCACACCCAGCGAACACAUUUUGUUGUGUUUUUUCUGUUAAACCUAUUGAACAUCUUUCUAGUGUAUACAGGCUACACACCGUCUACCCCUCCCAACGAAAGGUUCCCAUUGAAUGCAAUUGCCGUGUUUGUAUACACGCAGAGAUACGAAAAAUGAUUUAACCUCAUCCUAUAUACAUCCGAAUGAGAUCAUUGAUAGAUUGUGUUACUGGAGAGCGCUAAGGGAAUGGUACAACAUCACACAUACAGAUGUAGUCUCCUCCCUUCAUCGUGCUGCCAUCAUCCGUUCUCCGCAACAGCUUGUGUGGAUUAACAUGUACUCAAUCUCAUCACUGUGUCGUCAAUGAUUUUGUCAAAAAAAUAAACAUUUGGAAGAAACGUUU